CUAUUUAAUAUUAUUUAUAGAUGAUUUGGAGUUCAGGAUUUCUCACUUCUAAAAAUAGAUUAAUGAUAUUCAAAAAACCCAGUUUCAUUUUAGUUUUCUACGAAAUAAUUGAUCAGACGAAAAACGAAAAUUGUCAUCCACGUAUAUGCACAGUGAAAAUCGCCAGAAAUGAUACUUUUCAAGACUCUUUCGUCGGAUAGAUUAUAUGCUGUUAGAAAGAAAUCUACAAUUCAGGAUAUACGAAAAUCUAUAGCAUCAAUAUUAAAAACAGAGUACUGGCUCAUAGAUAUUGUAAAUCUAGAACAUUAUUUUAUCUAUGAGCCAGACCAAACAAGUGAUAUUCUACACGAUCCUUUUCAUGUGAUGGUCGGAGCAGAGAGUAGGCCAGUACACGGACUCCGAACAUCUGCAAAACCUGACAUCGUCUGGGAGUAUGAAUCAGAUCCGAGGAUAGAGCUUACAUGUGGGCAUGCAAUAACACCAGAUAAUUUGUUUGGUUUGAUUCGUGAAAAGAUUUUACAGAACGAUUACUGCUUGCGUUGUCCAGGGAAAACGGACUAUGGAACUUGUGGUCAAAUAUGGAAUAAUGUAGACAUCCUACAAAAUUGUGUAUUAAGCUCAGAUGAAUUCAUUUUUUUCAGUGGAAAAUUGUCCCUUAAUUUUUUGAACAAUCGACAAAGAGGUGACAUUAAGCUGUGUCCUGGAUGUAACUCAUUCUGUGAGAGAUUAAGAGUCACUGAUUCGCAUGUUAAAUGCUACAUUUGUUCUAGUUCCCAGCUUUACCCUUUUAAAUUUUGUUGGCAUUGUUUGCAAAUAUGGACACAUAACCAUGUUUGUUACGCGCACAACGAUUAUAUUAACAAUGUAGAAAUUAGAAGACAGUUGGUCGAAUGUCCAAAAGUGACCUUAGAUUAUUCCCAUAUGUCAGGUGUACCGUCUAAACGUCUUUGCCCCAAUUGCAAAACGUUGCUGCAACACGACCAAGCUUGUAAAUCUAUGUUAUGUACCUUUUGCAAAACAGAAUUUUGCUUUGCUUGCUUGAAAACAGCCAUAAAUGGAAAACUUACCUGCGGGGAAUUUGAUGGACAAUGUGUUGUAGCACCAAUACAAUUGACUGACUAA